CAGGAAGUUCCGCGCAGGCGCGCAUCAUUCUUCAGAAUAAAGGAUACGUCAGAAUUGUGCAGUCGAGACGACAACUUCUGUGUCCGUGUCUAUGUAUUACUACUGAUUAAGUCUGAGGCCAGUAAUAUCAACAGUGAGGACAAACCCAACCUGCCUCUCUCCUUCCACACUGAGUCCAAACCUACAGUCACUGGGUCCAGAUUGUGACAGUGGAGCCCAGUUUGCACUGCAGGAUCCAGAGAUGGCAUCAGUGAAGCUGGAAGACUGCAGUCAAACACUGGAGCUGAAUGUCAUCAUUAAAGAUGAAGAAGAGGAGGAGGAGAUUGGAAUAUCUGUUUCUCAUGGUAUGAGGCCGGUAACAUCAAUAGUGAGGACAAACCCAGCCUGCCUCUCUCCUUCCACACUGAGUCCAAACCUACAGUCACUGGGUCCUGAUUGUGACAGUGGAGCCCAGUUUGCUCUGCAGGAUCCAGAGAUGGCAUCAGUGAAGCUGGAAGACUGCAGUCAAACACUGGAGCUGAAUGUCAACAUUAAAGAUGAAGAAGAGGAGGAGGAGAUUGGGACAUCUGUUUCUCAUGUGAGCCCAAACCUACAGUCACUGGGUCCUGAUUGUGACAGUGGAGCCCAGUUUGUACCGCAGGAUCCAGAGAUGGCAUCAGUGAAGCUGGAAGACUGCAGUCAAACACUGGAGCUGAAUGUCAACAUUAAAGAUGAAGAAGAGGAGGAGAAGAUUGGGAAAUCUGUUUCUCAUGGACGACUAGAAUUAAGUCUGAGGCCGGUAACAUCAAUUGUGAGGACAAACCCAGCCUGCCCCUCUCCUUCCACACUAUGUCCAAACCUACAUUCACUGGGUCUUGAUUGUGACAGUGGAGCCCAGUUUGCACUGCAGGAUCCAGAGAUGGCAUCAGUGAAGCUGGAAGACUGCAGUCAAACACUGGAGCUGAAUGUCAACAUUAAAGAUGAAGAAGUGGAGGAGACGAUUGGGAAAUCUGUUAGUCAUGGCCGACUCAGAUCAAGUCUGAGGCCGGUAAUAUCAGCAGUGAGGACAGACGCAGCCUGCCUCUCUCCUUCCACACUGAGUCCAAACCUACAGUCACUGGGUCCUGAUUGUGACAGUCGAGACCAGUUUGCACUGCAGGAUCCAGAGAUGGCAUCAGUGAAGCUGGAAGACUGCAGUCAAACACUGGAGCUGAAUGCCAACAUUAAAGAUGAAGAAGAGGAGGAGAAGAUUGGGACAUCUGUUAAUCAUGGACGACUAGAAUUAAGUCUGAGGCCGGUAACAUCAACAGUGAGGACAAACCCAGCCUGCCUCUCCCCUUCCACACUGAGUCCAAACCUACAGUCACUGGGUCCUGAUUGUGACAGUGGAGCCCAGUUUGCACUGCAGGAUCCAGAGAUGGCAUCAGUGAAGCUGGAAGACUGCAGUCAAGCACUGGAGCUGAAUGUCAUCAUUAAAGAUGAAGAAGAAGAGGAGGAGAAGAUUGGGACAUCUGUUUCUCAUGGAGACCAUGUUGAGACAUUCUCUACAUCCAGAAAGCAACAGCAGGAAGAUCACAGACCUAAGAGGUCUCACCACUGCCCACAUUGUAAAGAGAUUUUCCCAAUUCUUUCAAAGCUAAAAAUACACCUAAAAAUUCACACAGUUGAGAAUCUGUAUUCCUGUACUGACUGUGGGAAGAAUUUCAUAACAUUAAAGGCUCUGACAGGUCAUCAGAGAGUGCACACAGGAGAGAAGCCUUACUCCUGCUCUGACUGUGGAAAGAGGUUCUCUCGACUGGGCACCUUAAAAACACAUGAACAUAUACAUACAGGAGAGAAGCCUUACUCCUGCUCUGACUGUGGGAAUAGUUUCUGUCGACUGGGCCACUUAAAAGAACAUAAACAUAUACAUACAGGAGUGAAGCCUUACUCCUGCUAUGACUGUGGAAAGAGUUUCUCUCGACUGGGCACCUUAAAAACACAUGAACGUAUACAUACAGGAGAGAAGCCUUACUCCUGCUCUGACUGUGUAAAAUGCUUCACAACAGCAUCUCACCUAAAAGUUCAUCAGCGAACACACACAGGAGAGAGACCUUACUCCUGCUCUGACUGUGUAAAAUGCUUCACAACAGCAUCUCAGCUAAAAGGUCAUCAGAGAACACACACAGGAGAGAAGCCUUAUUCCUGCUCUGACUGUGGAAAGAGUUUUUCUCGACUGGACCACUUAAAAGCACAUGAACGUAUACACACAGGAGAGAAGCCUUAUUUCUGCUCUGACUGUGGGGCGAGUUUCUCUCAACUGGGCCACUUAAAACAACAUGAAUGUAUCCAUACAGGAGUGAAGCUUCACUCCUGCUCUGACUGUGGAAAGAGUUUCUCUCAACUGGGCACCUUAAAAACACAUGAGCGUAUACAUACAGGAGUGAAGCCUUACUCCUGCUCUGUGUAAAAUGCUUCAAAACAGCAUCUCAGCUAAAAGUUCAUCAUAGAACACACACAGGAGAGAAGCUUUACUCCUGCUCUGACUGUGGAAAGAGUUUCUCUCAACUGGGCACCUUAAAAACACAUGAGCGUAUACAUACAGGAGAGAAGCCUUACUCCUGCUCUGUGUAAAAUGCUUCACAACAUCAUCUCAGCUAAAAGUUCAUCAUAGAACACACACAGGAGAGAAGCCUUAUUCCUGCUCUUGACUGUGGAAAGUGUUUUUCUCAACUGGACUACCUGAAAACUCAUGAACAUAUACAUACAUGAACAUAUACAUAGGUAGCCUAGUGGUUAGCGCAUUGGGCCAUUAACUGAAAGGUUGCUGGAUCGAAUCUCCGAGCUGUCAAGGUAACAAUCUGUCAUUCUGCCCCAGUACAAGGCAGUUAACCCACUGUUCACCGGGUGCCGAAGACGUGGAUGUCAAUUAUGGCAUCCCCCGCACAUCUAAUUCAGAGGGGUUGUGUUAAAUUAUGGAGACACAUUUCAGUUGAAUGCGUUCAGUUGUACAACUGAUUAGGUAUCCCCCUUCCCUAGUUAAAUACUUGAGUGAAGCCUUACUCCUGCUCUGACUGGAGCGUUUUUCUCAAAUGGGCCAUUUUCUUUUUUUCUACUGUGUUAUUGACUUGUUAAUUGUUUACUCCAUGUGUAACUCAGUGUUGUCUGUUCACACUGCUAUGCUUUAUCUUGGCCUGGUCGCAGUUGUAAAUGAGAACUUGUUCUCAACUAGCCUACCUGGUUAAAUAAAGGUGAUUUUUUUUUUUUAAAAGACACCAAUGUAUACAUGAAGGAGAGAAGCCUCAUCUCAGCUGGUAGACACAACAUACAUUGAGUGUACAAAACAUUAGGGACACCUGUUAUUUCCAUGAUGUAGACUGACCAGGUGAACUCAGAUGAAAGCUCUGUUCCUCAAUGACGUAGUUUUUGUGUAUUUAUUAUGGAUCCUCAUUAGGUUCCAGCAACAACAACAACAAAAAAAGUGCAGUUGCAGUGAGCUAAGGAAUGAAAACACCGGAGAAUUUGAAAAAUAUUGCCUGGUCUGAUGAACCCUGGUUCCUGCUGUGUCGUGCUGAUGGGAGGACUGGGGUAUGGAGGAAACCACGAGUACAUGCAUCCCUGCUGUGUGUCAACAUUGCAGGCUGGUGGUGAUGGUGUGGAGUGUGUUUUCAUGCCACACACUGGGCCCCAUGAUAAAAGUGGAGCAAUGUUUGAAUACCACAGGAUAUCUAAACAUCAUUGCCAAUCAGGUGCAUCCCUUAGAAUUUUUUCAGCAGGAUUAUGCCCCAUGGCACAACGCUUGUCCAGGAAUGGUUCCAAAAACAUGACAAUGAAUUCAGUUUACUGCAGUGGCCUGACAAGUCACCAGAUCUCAAUCCAAUUGUUAAUCGAUGGAAGGAGCUAUUCAGAGUAGAUCCACUCCCAGCCAGCUUGACACAAUUGUGGGAAGCAUUGGAGUCAACAUGGGCCAGAAUCCCUGUGGAAUGCUCUCAACACCUUGUCGAGUUGCACCUCCUUUUGUCCUCAGAACAUGCCCUGAUGAACUGAGGCUGUUCUGAGGACAAAAGGAGGUGCAACUCGACAUUGGGAAGGUGUUCCUAAUGUUUUGUACACUCGGUGUAUAUCAGAUAAAGAUGUUGUGAUGAUCAGUUUUCAGCAUUAGUUUGGGUGGAUUAUUUUAUAUUACUAAAUACCUUUUGUUUAAUGAUAAACAGGCUAUGAAUCAACUACUUGUGUUUAUGAAAUUGUAUCUUAAUACUAGAUUAAUUAUUUUAGUCAUUGAUGAUGAAUGUAUUUGAAUAACUAUUGAAGUGAAUUGAUCUGGUGGCAGGUAGCCUAGUGGUUAAGAGUGUUGGGCCAGUAACUGAAAGGUUGCUGGUUUGAAUCCCGAGCCGCCUGGGUGAAAAAUCUGGCAUUGUGCCCUUGCAAUGAACCAUAUUUUGUCCCUUAGGUCGCUCUGGAUAAGAGCAUCUGCUAAAUUACAAAAAUCGAAUGAAAAAUUUUUGUACAUGAAUUUAUGCUGUGUAACCUCUUAUUUUCUGUGUAUAAUUAAAUGAAAUAAACUGUUUGAAGUGAAA